CCCAUCCCCCGCAUGCCGGCACGGCCCACUGCCAGCGCGGGGGAGUCCGUCGAAGUAUCUUCCCGUGUCGCCGCAUAUUUUCCCAAGCUUAGUGCCCGGUCGCAGGCAGAAUGAGGAGAUACGGUUAGUUUCUACUGGCAUAAGCGGAGGCUGGCCUAAGCGCCGUGGAUAACUCGCCGCUGGCAGGAAAAGAUGACGCACCUCCCCGCUUCCACCGUCAGAGAUGGACAUGCCCGAGGAAGACAGUAAUAGUCCAGGCUGGGUCUUUAAAUCUGAAGGGGGGAGUUGUGUGCGGCCCUGGCGAGCGUUGUGUGGACGGCGAGGGGCAGCGAAAUCAAGGUGGGGUGGAAAAUGGCAGUGCUGACUUGCCUUCAUGGCUGGUUUAGUACUUCUGUCAGAAGAACCUUGCAAAGCUAAAUGUUUAUUAACAUUGUCAUACCUAGAGUAGACACAUCGUGAAUUGCUCACACUCUGCAAGCGAUUUGCAAGACUUUGGGCCACUACACUGCGAACAACAUUAAUCAAAUAUUUUGAUGGACCACAUCCUGCAACAUUAAUCUUUUGGAGGUCUUGUUUACUGUGUAAACAAGGUAAAGGGAUUCAGAAUGCCUCUCAAUGAUGACCAGAACAGUGACUCAGAUUCUUCACGGCUCUCAGAAAGCACAGUUUCUUCCAGUGACACAGAAUAUUCCAGGCAGAGCUUUAACAGUGAUUCUUCAAGCAAACCCAGCUCCCCACUGUGUAAGCCUAUUUCAGCCUCACCUGCAUUGUGCAUGGACCAAUAAGGCUAACUUACCUUGUUUCUCUUUGCUGUCAUGGGUAGAACCUGGGAUUCUGAAUCUGUUUAAGAGUAUUAACAGAGAGGCAUGGCUUUCUCUUUGCUGUGAAGCAGUGAAUCUCCUGUGUGUGGAACACCAGCAGCAGCUGUAUCCACGGGGGUCUCCCUGUGCACUCCUUCCCUUCAGAAAGUCAGCUAGCCCUCCCAAGGUUAUCACAUUUGAUGAACUGAUGGCAGCUACAAGAAAUCUGUCAAACUGGACUCUAGCUCAUGAAAUUGCUGUAAAUGCAAAUUUUUGCAUAAAACACGAAGACUACCCACAAAACAGCUUUGCAGGCACAGUGAAACAAAUUGUACACAAGGCAUUUUGGGAUCAUUUGGAAUCGGAACUGAAUGAAGAUCCUCCAGAAUACAAACAUGCUAUCAAGCUCUUUGAGGAAAUUAAGGAGAUUCUUCUUUCUUUCCUGACUCCUGGAGCAAACAGGAUUCACAAUCAAAUUUGUGAAGUUCUUGACAUGGAUCUUAUAAGACAGCAGGCAGAACAUAAUGCUGUUGAUAUUCCUGGACUAGCUAACUAUGUCAUCAACACUAUGGGAAAGUUAUGUGCUCCAAUAAGAGACAAUGACAUAAAACAGUUAAAAGCAACUGACAAUAUUGUAGAGUUACUGAGACAAAUAUUCCGUGUUUUGGACCUGAUGAAAGUGGAUAUGGCAAAUUACACAAUUAAAAGCCUUAGACCAUACCUCUGGCAUAACUUGGUGGACUAUGAAAGAACAAAAUUCCAGGAAAUUCUUGAAGAAACACCAAGUGCCCUGAAUCUCACAACAGAAUGGAUAAAGGAAUCAAUAGAGGAUGAAUUGUCAUCUAUUUCUGAUGAGUCUUCAUCAUGCCCUGGUGCUGAUAGUAGUUCAAAACCAAUUAUUAGUCCUACACUGGUGCUAAACAAUGGCUACUUGAAACUGUUACAGUGGGAUUAUUGCAAAACAAUUCCAGAGACUCUAAUAACAGAUGAAGUUCGUCUUCAGGAGUUGAGAGAAAAGCUCAAUCAAUUAAAAGUCAUAGCUUGUGUUUCUCUCAUAACAAACAACAUGGUGGGUGCAGCAAUUGUAGAUGUGCCUGAUUUCACUGAUCAGCUGAAAAGGAUCUCCCUUCCUCUUCUUGAAGGCAUGAAUAAGAAAAGUUUUGACUUGAAGGAGGCUCUGAAUGCUAUUGGUGUCCAGAUUUGCAGCAUAGUGAACAAGUCUCUAAGUGAAAGAGGUCUUCCAACUCUUAAUGAAGAAAUGCAGAGUAAUUUAAUGGGUCAAAUCGCUCAUGUUGUUGAGAAGAAUAAUCCUGUCUGUUCCUUGAUUGACAAACGAAUCCAGCUCUUCAUGAGAAGCUUGCUUGCUCUUCCGAGUUUUCAGAAGUGUAUGCCUACUAUGCCAGGAGGCCUUUCUGUGAUUCAGACAGAGAUAGAGUUUCUGGGAUCUCAGUAUGCAAGCAUUGUAAAUUUCAAUAAAAAAGUGUAUGGACCAUUCUAUGCAAACAUACUUAGAAAACUGCUUUUUCCAGAGGCAGCAAUGGAGGAAACAGAAGCAGAAACAUCUAGCAAUUAAAAAAUGUACCCUUUUUUUUAAUCUUCCAAGACAGUGGGAAGUCACAUCUCUAAGAACAGCCUACUCCAGUGACUGUUGAUGGGGAAAGAUCUUGUAAAAUGUAUACAGAUAGUUUCCGAAAUUCACUGUAAAGAAAUUAAUGUCAAGGUCAUAUAUAUAUUUUAAUAGAAAAAUAUUUGUUUAAUGGAUUGUAAUAGCCAGUGAAUUAUUAAUUUCCAUAGCAAGCAUUUAUUAUGACUUGGCAGUGGGAAAGAGCUGGCAAUGUACUUACUGUUUUGCCACCAUCAAAACAAUGUUAUUUUUCAACUCAAAUCUAUUUACAUAUAGCAAUGCAUAUUAGGAAAUGAGAAAACAACUGUAGAUAAAAUGUACUAUGCUUACAUUGUAUUUUUGUAGAGUAACAUCUCAGACAACAAUUAUGUUUCUGAGAAUACUUUGAAGAAGUAAGUAUAGCAUAACUGCUUUAGUAACCAAACCCAGAUUCAUACCAGGCCAAGUUCAGGUACUCCUGCAAUUACUGGACCCAGAACUUUGCCUCUGUUACAUUAAAGAAUGCCAGUGUUACAAGCUGUUUGCAGGAUAGCAGUUACAGAAGCAGCGUUCACAACUUCAAUUAUGAAUGAUUCAGAACUUCUCAACUCUGAGAUUAACGAUAAACACCUGAGAAACAUGAUGUUGAGGGUGGAGUAAAUUUCUGUAUAUAAA